CGCGAGAGUUUCCUCCCCCUCCCGCUUCUCUCGUCAGCUCAAGAGCCGGAGGCGGGGGUGGGAGGGGAGAAGCCGCCGCUAGCCGCUUUGUCCUCUCGUUUCCUCGCAGCUUCUGAACAGCCGGCGAGUCCCGGCGGACCCCAAUACCGCCGCUUGAACCUCCACCGCAGCAUGCUCAAAGUCACCAUGCCCUCUUCCUCGUCUUCGUCGCCUUCCUCUGCCUCCGCCACCCCCAGUGCCACUGGCACUCUUGCAUCUGCCUCUGCCCCUCUCCCUGCCCCUACCCCGGGCCGAGUCGGAGGUGUCGCCACCCCUGGCCCCGCCAGCCCGGAUUUCUGGAUCGACGGCUCCAAUAGGGACUCCCUCACGGAUUAUUACGACCUCGAGUCAGAGCUGGGACGGGGUGCUACAUCUAUUGUCUACAGGUGCAGGCAAAAAGGAACCCAAAAGCCUUUUGCUGUCAAAAUCUUGAAGAAAACUGUAGAUAAGAAGAUUGUCCGAACAGAGAUAGGUGUUCUUCUUCGACUUUCACAUCCAAAUAUUAUAAAAUUGAAGGAGAUAUUUGAAACCCCCACAGAAAUCAGCCUUGUCUUAGAACUGGUAACAGGAGGAGAGCUGUUUGACAGAAUUGUGGAAAAAGGAUAUUACAGCGAGCGAGAUGCUGCUGAUGCAGUGAAACAAAUCUUGGAGGCAGUUGCUUAUUUACAUGCCAAUGGAAUUGUUCACCGGGAUUUGAAACCAGAAAAUUUAUUGUAUGCAACUCAGGCUCCAGAUGCACCUUUAAAAAUAGCUGAUUUUGGACUUUCCAAGAUAGUUGCAGAUCAUGUUACCAUGAAAACAGUCUGUGGAACUCCAGGAUAUUGCGCACCAGAAAUUCUACGAGGGUGUGCUUAUGGCUCAGAAGUGGACAUGUGGUCCAUAGGAAUAAUCACCUAUAUCCUACUUUGUGGCUUUGAACCAUUCUAUGAUGAAAGAGGAGAUCAAUAUAUGUUCAAGAGGAUUCUGAACUGUGAAUAUGAUUUUGUUUCUCCCUGGUGGGAUGAUGUAUCUCUGAAUGCCAAGGAUUUGGUUAGGAAACUAAUUGUGCUUGACCCCAAAAAACGGCUUACCACUUUCCAAGCUUUACAGCAUCCUUGGGUCACUGGAAAGGCAGCCAAUUUUAUUCAUAUGGAUACAGCUCAAAAGAAACUCCAGGAAUUCAAUGCUCGACGUAAACUGAAGAAACUGAAACUGCCUAAUUACAUUGAGAUGAAUCCAACAUUAACCAUACUUGGAUAA